AUCUGUUUUUUUGUGUCGUCCAGGGCACCGUGAUGAGCCGCAUCGAGAUCGACCACGAGUUCCAGGCGCUGGUGACGCGGUCGGAGCAGCUGCUGACCGCCAUGCAGAACAAGAAGAAGGAGGAGGAGGAGCGGGAGCGGCUGCGACGCAUCCAGGAGGAGAUGGAGCGGGAGAAGAAGAGGAGGGACGAGGAGGAGCAGCGACGCAAGCAGGAGGAGGACGACCGGAAACUGAAAGCAGAGAUGGAGGUGAAGAGGAAGCAGGAAGAGGAGGAGAGGAAGAGGAGGGAGGAGGAGGAGAGGAAGCUCCAGGAGGAGAUGGAGGUGCAGCUGCUGGCCGACCGGGAGGAGGAAGCGUCCCGGCAGACCGUCCUGGAGCAGGAGAGGAGGGACCGCGAGCUGGCGCUGAGGAUCGCUCAGAGCGAGUCCGAGCUGAUACCCGAGGAGGGGCAGAACGACGCGGGGCUGCGCAGUAACGGCUCCUCAGUUCCAUCAUCCCCAGAGAGAGCAGCCUUGGCUGGAACCCCCAAACUCAAGAGCUUGACCAUGGAAGAGAUGGCGAAGGAAAUGACUGAACUUCUGGCCCGGUGGGUAGAAAACCGCCUCCGUCUCGACACAAUCAGUCGCCUCUGAUUCUUGAUUUAAACA